AGGGAGCGCACCGAUUUUCUUGUGACGGGCGCGAGGCCAAGCAGUUCUCCGGCGCUUCCAAAGCUUCCUGUGCUACUCCCGCCGCGUGCGAGUCUGUGGGCGUGCGCGCACCGCUCACUUUUCCUCGCCCCUAAGACAAUAGGGUGAUAAGAGUUGUGAGGUAAAAUGGAUCUCAGGUGCCAGGUGACACGCUCCUACGUGUGAAUGCUUCUCAAUGUAAAGGGUGCAAGGUCUGAUGCAGCAGGACCCAUGGGUACUAGCUGUUUCCAGCGAGAGUAAAAGAAAUCAAUUCGCCUUAGUUCCCAAGUGCUUUCUGCCCCUAAGGGCCAACUGACUAAGGAUCUCACUGGAGAUGCCACUUUCUGGUGGCCCAUUGGUGUCUUUAGAGGCAAACAGCUAGCUUGCAGGUUGCAUUCAGCAUGUUGUGUUGCCAUAGCAUAGUGUGACCCCAAAAUAUAGCUUGCCUCUUGUGAGUUUCCUUUCUUUUGCCUCCAAAGCAUAGCUGGGGGUUUGAUGAAAACAGAGUAAAAUAUAUAUUAAGGAUUUGGGUAAAAAUAUAGAAUGGGAAAAAGAUUGGUAAUAUUCUGAGCACACAUCAACAAGCAAUUGUAAGGAAGUGCAUCAGUUUUGCUGAAUAAGCAAUAAACAGUUCAGAACACCAAAUUCAUGGCAGAGAACAAAGAAAAAAAGACAGUUUGGUUGGAACAGCCCUGCAUUAAACUGCCUAUGUGGGUCUCCAAAGGCUCUGUAUGUCUGUCUGACCCAAAGCAAUAUUUCAAGCAAUGCAUUAUCUGGAGAUGGGGUCAUUCUAUGCAGUCUAAGGUUGAGGUACAGAACAUACAGUUCCUCAACAGGGGAAGACAGAAUUAGGGACAGUCUGGUCAUGGUGAGUGACAAUUGCCCAUCGGUCCUUCUAAAAAGAUGCUUUUCCUUUUAGAAGGAAGGCAGUCUAAGUUCAGAAAUGGUCAUCCCAUGAUAUCGGAAUUCAUGUAAAUAGAAGUGUAAACCCAAAGUAGCUAUAGCUGAGAUAAUAGUUUUGAACUGAAGAACAAGGGCGGUAAUAAUACUGGUAUUUUCCUGGGUAACUAUUGUAGGUAAUUGUGCUUCUUUCAGGAAAGAUUUGUGGUGACAAUUAGCUACUGCAAAUUGGUUUGAUAGGGUCCUCUAAAAGGUAUCUUGGGGCAGUUUUAGUAAACAGAUUUAUAAGCUUUUGUGAACUAGAGUCUUUUACAGCAAAUGCACAAGAGAGAGAUACAUGUAGGUUUAUAUAUGGAUGUAGAGGAAAAAAGUUGUAGACAACAGGGCCUGGAAGACAUAAAUUGCAAACAGUGCAGCAAACAAUACUGUGCAAGCCUAAAAAGUAUGCUAUUUUACCAUGCUAAUAAUUCAGAAUAGCAGUAAUUGGUGAAAACAACUCCCUAGCCUUGCUAUGCUACUCUAAUACCUGUAAUAGAAUGGGGGAGAGGCCUUGGCUCUUACUGAGUCCCAAGCAAAUAUUUGUUGACAAAAUCUAGUUUAGUAGUCUCCUUUUGCUGUAGAAUUGUUGCUGUUCUUUGGUGUUGCUGAUUAACAGGAAUGUAUUCUAUGCGAAUACUAUAUGGACAUACUCUGAAAUGAAAAGGAAAUAUUUUGACUUUAUUUCCAGGCAGAUAGCCAUGUUAUUCCUUUGCAAUAAAUCAACAACAGUCUGAAAGAUUAACACAUUUAUUGUGUCACAGUCUAUGAAAAUUUAUGCCGUAGUUAAUUCUUGUAGUCUCAACUACAAGAACACUAGUUGUUUAUCCUGAAAUUAGUUAUAGGACAAUUCAGUUUCUUAGAAUACUCUUCUUCUAUCACGGGUCUUGAGUAAAAGAACAUCAAAGGGAAACUUCAGUGUAACAUUGGUGAAAUAGAAUUUAUCAGCUGAAUUGAUAAUUUUGAGCUUUUGAGGGACUUGAUCAAAAGCGUUCUGAGCCUUUUGAGUUAUGUGUACUAGAUUGCCUGUCUACAUGUUUUGUUUGAUACUUGGAGACCUCUGAAAGACUGGAGCGGCAGGGCUUCUUUUCAGAAGUUACUGUAUAUACCAGCAUAUAAGGUAACUUGUAUAUAAGACUACAUUUUGGUCUGUUUUUCUGGUGUUUGUCAUAUGUUGGAUGUAUAAGACGAGCCCCCAAUUUUUCCUUUACUAUUUCCAGUUUCAAGGGUCCAGUAUAUGUGGGUUAAUCUCUUAUAUGCCACAUUGGCCAGGACGUCUCCAAUUAUAUUGUUUUAUAUUGUUAUUAUUUAUUUAUUGUUGUAAGCUGCCCCGAGGCUUCGGCAAAUGGGGCGGCAUAGAAGCUUUAUUUAUUUAGUAUGCUGAUUUGUCCAACAAGGCUUGUUCCAUACAUUAAAGAUACAGAUGUGUUUACAAAAAAUUAGAGAUCUAAAUUUUAUGCAUUACAGAAAUUUAGAGGUCUGACUGAUGGCUUGUGGCCACCUGGGGUCCUUUUUGGAUGGUAUUUUAGCACUAAGUUACUUACUUUAGCAUAAAAAUGUAAAAACCACAUUAGACUUCCUAAAACUGACAUGUGGGUCACUAACUUGAUAGAAUUAAAUUGGCCAGUUUUAUUCCAUUAAAAGCCCUCUUUUUGUACUGAUGUUUGUUUUAUGUCUAAUAUUGUUAUGGGAAAAAAGAGACUGUAGCUUAAUUGCACUUGAAGAGGAGACCAGGUGUAUGUGUAAGAAAGCUUUUUAAUGGAAACAGGGUUGCUAUUUUUUCUUUUUAAAAGUAGUCUUUUGUAUUAUGUUUGAAUCCUGUGCUGGGGGAUGUUUAUUGAUUAAUCUCUCAAAUUUCUUUCUUUUGAACUCAGAAUUUAGAAGGCUCUCCAGUGGCCAUUCCCUGAGUUUAACUGUGGAAUUGUAAUCUAUUUUGCAUUUAUGAAGUACAGACUUAGUUUACCAGCAAAAUGUGAGCAGCAGCAUGUGUAGAAACAGUAGCAUACAGUAACCUUUCUGGAACUGCAAGAGUAUCUGUUGUUCAAAUAAGUCUUAGCACCAGUUAGAAGUAACACUGCUGUCCCUUCUGUAACAAAGAGAACUCUGUACUCUUGCAUAGGGAUUACAUUGUUUUGUUUUUGUGAUUCAUCUUGUUUUGGAGGAAGAAAAGCACUGCAGCAAAAGCAGAGUCCUGGCAGAAGCUUUUUUUGAGAGCAUUUUGACCUUCCUGGAGCAAUCUGGCCCUGAAGGUGAGAUGUUUACAUAAAGGCAAGGCGCAUAUCUGCAUUCACACCUCUUCCUCGAAAGUGAAACAGAUUUUGCAAUUGUAAACUGCAAAUAUUUUGUGAAGCAUUAUUCUAAAACUGUGAAUACUAAAACAUCAGAUUAUCAAAAGCAACCAUAACAGAUUGAUUUUCUUAUGUAUUGAGUCUCACUUAAAGAUCAUCUUAGAUGUUAGAGUGUAGCUAUUAUAUCACAAUGUCUACUAUGUAAACAAUAUGAAGAAGUGUGGACCUGUUUCCUAGAGAAUUAAGAGGUAAACUGCAGACAGUGGUCCCAAAUGAGACCCUCUAAGUUGUUGAUAUUCAGGACUAAAUUGUUAAUAGUACAUUUGCCACUAAAAUAUUACCUGCAUCCAUCUACAAUGUGGAAUCAAAUAUAUGUGUUUGAGACUGGUGUAAGGUAAGCAUUUAAUGGAACCAUUGGAAAUCCAGUGUUCCCUAAAAAUACAUUUUAUAUAGGAAAUGCAGUGUUCCCUAAAAAUACAUUUUAUAUAAUGUGGUCCUAUCAAUGUUUGUAACUUGAUUUGUGCUUUCUAUGAUUGAAGCAUGUUUGGUCUACUCCAGGUUUGAGGAACCUCAGACUGCCCAAGCAAAUAUAUCACACUGAGGUUCCUCAGAUGGCUGUGUUCCCAUCUCCAUCAUCCAGUCCGUUUCCCUCAGCACCAAUUAUCCAGUGGUUUCCUGGCUUUUGUACAGUUCCUCCUCCCCAUUUCAAAGAAACCAGUGCAUUACUGACUUCUUCAAACCAGUCCUAAAACAAGGUAAUUCAGUCUUUUUUAUUUUUAUUUUUUUUAAAGUUCAUGUAAAAUUCUUCUUCAGCUUAGAGUCUCAACACACAUGGCACUUACCUAUGGGGGGAAAAAAUCUAGGUUUGUGUAACUUUCAGUUUUUACCCUGUGCUGCAGGUUUGAAGCAGCUGCUCAUGCUUCAAGUGCAGUGAGGAAUGAAAAUAUAGAACAUAAUGCAUUGCACCAGGCUUUUUGUUACCAGACAGAGGAAGUGAAUGCAGGAAUGGGGAAGCGGAUUUUCAAGUCUCAUGUUCAGAGCUUCCUAGAAAAACUGUGUCUUCUCCAAAGCCAAAUAGAAGAAAGAAGUUGUUGCCAGCAUCAAACAGGAGUCCUAUAAAAGAGGCUCUUUUAAAGGCUGCUAGGUCAGAGAAAAAAGAUUAUCCAGAUAUUGGAAUCAAUAUGACUAUGAAGGCCGCUAAUCAAAAAGUAUUGGUUCAGAAAAUUUGCAUAGUAGAUAGCUCUACUGACUGUCCAUUGAAAGAUAGUACCUUCACAAAAACCCAUGAAAUAAAUGGAAAAUGUCCGGUUCGAACAAGAACACCAUUAGUGGAAAAUAGUAGAGAACGUAAAAUGGAACAUACAACUGGUUCAGACUUGAAUAAAUGGACUUCAAUAUCAGAAAAUGACAGCUUGGAAAAGGAGAGCCACAUAUCUUGGUGCAAAAAACCCAGGGGUUCUAAGAUGCUACAGCCUGAUUCAGUUACUACAUCAUCUCAGGUAUUAUUAGAAACUGUUGGCAGAGAAAGACAAAUGAAGGAGAAAAUGCAAUCCAAGCAACAAUCUUUUGGCUCUGUAAAUAAAUCUUUAGAAACUAGUCCUUCUAACCAGGACUCCAGCCAUCUCUUAAGAAAAAGAGCAAGCUUGGCAUCACAGGAAUCUUCCUCAGGAUGUGUCUCUGAUAAAAGUAUUAUGAAGCAAAGCCAGUCCUGCCCAUCAGCUCACCUUAACCCCUCAAAUACCUCUGGAAUAUCCAAACAUAAAGAAUUUUCUGGAAAACGGAAAAGAAUCUCUUUGAAAAUGGAUAUGAAAAGUUCACAGAAGCCGACAGAGAAACACAAUUUUAGUAGUUCACUGGAAAAGGAUAAUUCUGACUACGUGAAGGAUCAAAUGUUAUCUAAUGUGCAACAAGAUGUUAUGAAUCCAUCAAACAAGGACUUGCCUGUUUCAGUAGAAUUUCUUGAUGUUGAAGAAAAUGGAGACAGUGCUUAUGACUAUAUUACAAACACAAAUAAGCAGAUUCAAACUGCAGAUGUCAAAGAGAGUCAGUCACAGAAGUUUUCUCAAGAAGUUGUUGGUUUCAAAACUUUUGGCAAUGAAUUAAUUGCAUCUCAAGAAAACCUGUUGAUUUCCAAGCAGUCAAAAGAGCUAAGUUCACAUAUUCAGAGUACUAACUUACUCAAAGCACUGGAAAGGAAGGUUCAUAAGAGAGACCCUCCAUUUUGUAGGUCUGAUAACUCCCCACUUCCCCCAACAUCAUACAAGAGUUUGUUAAAAGAGAAAGCAGAAGAAACUCGUGAAAAUGUCUCUACUGUUCCUUCCCAAAGAAGUGCUGUGUUGCAUGUGCCCUCAUUGACAGAUAAUAAUAUUCGGUCAUCAGAUGCUUGUGAUCCUGUGCCCAUCCCUAGAUCAUCAUGCAACUUAAAUGAGUUGAAUAAGGGAGUUUCCAAUCCAAAGACAGAUACGUUGAAUAGCAAGCUAGGGAGCCUUUCUGUUUGUGAGGAUGGGACUUCUGACUCUGAUUUGGACAGCAGCGAUGAUGAACUUAUGACAUUGGAAGAGAUCUUGGCCCAAAGUAUCAGGGCAUCUGCAAAAAGGUCAGAACAAAGAAGUGAUGAGGAUGAUAUGACAGACACCAUGAUUGCAUCACAUAAUAUUGCUGUCUCUUAUAUGAAUCACAUGGAGGAUCUUUUGAAGGAGAAGGAGGAGUUCAGAAGGGCGGAUGAACUAGAGCAACAGCUACAGCAACUUGAAUGGGGAGCUGAAAUAAAUUCUCUGCCUGAAAAACAACCUGAUGAUGGGAAACUAUCUGCUGAACAAAGAGCAUUUUUGGAGAGAUUUUCAAUAAUCAGUGAUACCAUUCCUGACCAGCAUCCAGGCGAAAAUAUAUUUCAACUAAUACAUGCUGGGAAGAUCUUCAAUCAGCAUAACCUUGAUUUGAGGAAUUCUGGAUUUCACCCCCAAAAUCCCAUUGAAAAAUAUCUUCUUGGAUCAGGAAUAACGCAGCAGCUAUUUGUAAUCAUUGAAGGGUUACUUAAGUCAGCUUACCAUAGUUCUCCUUGUCCUGUCCCCAUUUUAAAAUGGAUGUUUCAGAUGAUGUCAAUUCAUCCAGACAGCUCAGUUUCAAGGAAGAUUUUGGAUGGGUUGAUGACUUUAACAGUUGAACAUGCUUCAGCUGACAAUGACCACCCAAGGCCAUGGAUCCCAUCACUAUUUGAUAUAGCAGCUGUGCUAGUCAACCUGGGUGCUCCCUUCUGUGCAUUGUUUCCACUGCAGAAUUUUCAACCCAGUUUUACUGAAGAUGACAUUAUGUCUGAAAUGAGUGAAACGGUGAUGAAACAACAAAGUGGAGAUAUCCUUGGAGAUUCAACUCCUUUCUUCCUUCUAAUAGACACCAGUCUUUGCAACAUGGCUAAGUUUCUACAACUGUGCAUAAGCAUAUGCCCAGAUGGCUACACAGAUGAAGAUAUAUUUCUGUUGUUACUGCUGCUAUUUAAACUGAGCUUGGAAAAAGAGCUGAAACAAUUUCCAUUAGUGGACUUGGAGUGCCUUGUUAUAAAACUGUUGGAAAACAUUAGAGAGUGGGAUACAAAGAUGGCUGAGUUAUGUGUGGCAAUAAGCUGCUUGUCCAACCAUCAUCACAAUCUGUUGUGGCUGGUUCAGUUUGUCCCCAAUUGGAUUACCCGUGGAAGACAAGUUAGAAGACAUCUUAGCUUGGUAAUAAUCUCAAAGCUUCUUAAAAACCAUGAGAGCAUACCCAGUAGCCAUGAUCAGCAGAUGUCACUUCUGUGUAAGAAUCUAGUGAAGAUGAAACCUUCAAAUCUGUUAAAGAGACUCUCUGAACCCCAGGUGUAUUAUUUGAUCUACGUGCUUCUUCAUCUGGUCAGGGAAGCUACCAAUGCUGAGGUUAUAGACUGCAGUCAUAGGGCAUGGCUGUUGAAACUCUGCAGCAGUUUGGAGAAGCAUGUAAAAUGCGAUAUUAGAGAAGAUGUCAGGCUAUUCUAUAGAACUAAGGUAAAAGACUUAGUUGCCAGAACAUACAGCAAAUGGCAGGAAAUGAUACACAGCUGUCGGCCCACUCAGGGGAAAAUACAUGAUUUCUGGGUACCAGAUUCUUAAAAUGGAUAAUUCAGAAUGUGAAAAAGGAUGUCAAGACAAAGACAAUAAGAGGAUGAAGACUACAGGAUGGAGGCUCCAUGAAGAGGAAAUCCUGUAACCCAGGCGUCUCCCAGUUCCCCAACAAUUUAACUGAGCAAUUCACAUAAUUAAGACUGCCUUUUAAAAGUGUGUUUGACACUAGAACAGAGCUAAUUUCCUAUUUGUGAGAAAAGUAUCUCCUUUUCUUCAAUGCAGUCUGAAUUGGAUGGUCGGGUUACUUUCUUUUCCAUGCUUUUCUAAUUCCAUGGAACUAUUCUUAAACUUCCUUCGUGCUUUUACAGUGAAUGUGACUGCUACAUUUUCUAUCAUGCAGCACUUACCACUAAUACUGGUUUUGGAUAUUAAAAAGAUACUGCUCUGCUCAUAUUGCAAUAAUGCAGUCCAUGUGGAGGUAGCUCUCAUAAAUUAGCACAACUAGUGAUGACUUUGAAAAGGAUGAACUGUGAAAUUGAACUGUUCAGAAUGUGAAUGAGCUACAGUCCUAUAUACAGUUGGAAGCAAAUUUUAUUGACUCCGUUGAUUUAUUUCUGAGUAAGUAUGACAAGUAUUGCACCCUUAUCUUCAUAGACACAUUUAAUCUCUUGAGCGAACAGGUUAGUAAAACAGACUCACAAACCCCUUUUAGACGUUAACAAGAUUCAUCAUAGUUCAUAAUGAGCUUUCAGUUAUGAAAAAAUACAAAAUGCAAAUCUAAGAGGUCUCUGUCAGGCAAUAGUCUGAAAAUGUUCAUAAAUCUAGAAGAAUGUAUUCUGCUGUGCCUGAUCAUACCACUAUAGACGUAUAUUUUUUAUUUGUAUAUAAGACAGGUAUAUGUUCUAAUGUUGAUUUGAAUAUUUAAUGGGCAAGUCUCAGUCUUUAUGUUACUUAAUAUAACAUUCAAGUGGAAUAGAUGUUUAUUAACUAAUUUAACCUGUAUAUUUUAUUUUCUGUGCAAUUUUAUAUUGUGACACUUGCACUGGUAUAACCUAUGAAUGAAUAUAAAAUGUUAGAACCCAUAGCAGAAAUGAUGUAGACUUGAUUCUAAAGUACUUGAUUUUUAAAUGAAGACCCUUUUGACACUGUUUAAAUCACGUUGUUAUCCACUUCAAGGUGAAGUAUGAAAAAAUAGUUUAAUAAAAAUACAUAGUACCCUGUAGCCACUAGCUAAGGGUCCAGUUCGGCACUGUUAAAUCAGUGGGAGCAUUGUCUUGGAUUCCAGUGUAAGGUAAUUUGUACCCUAAAGUGUGUGAAAAUAUUUCAUAGUUACAGUGUUGUUCAGACUUUCUCUGUUUCCAAUUUACUACAAGUUGGUUUGGCAAUGCUUCAUUUCUUACUUUUUAAAGAAGGAAGAAUUUUUUAUUUUUUUUAAGAAGUGGUUGGGUAGAUUUUACCAUUCCUACAUUCCACAGCCAGUACCCAGAGGACACUGGGCAUGCUAGGAGAAAGCCCUUCAGUUUCAACGGAGAGAGGCUUCUUUUUCCUUCUAGCUGCAACACUUUGCACUGCUUUGAAACGAUCUCUAGAGGGUCAUCUAACCUGAAUGAGUAUCCUUUCCAGCAAGUCUGGACAAGCCCUGGUGUUGCCUGCAUGCACAGCCUCCUGGCUCUUGGCCUAUAUUUAAAAGCCCCUCUUGUUAAAUGGUACCUCUGAAUAUAUUCUUAUGUGUAGUUUUAAAAAGUCAAAUCGUUUAUAUAAAAAAUACCAAAAUUGCCUACUAACUUUAGUGGCAGUUUACUAUAUCCAGUUGUAUUACUUUUUCAUUCCUUGGAACUAUGCCAGUCUCAGUUUAACCACUUUUUAAUGGAAUGGAUCUAAUUGUAAGAAUAAACUAUACAAUAACUGUU